GAGGGCCCUGUGCUGCGCCAGGUGCUGGCACACCUCUACACCCUCCAGCCCCCACAGCUGUCCAGCAUGGCGCCGCAGCUGCUGGUCGCCGCUGACCAAUACGGCUUGUCAGUACUGAAGGUGCAGUGCGAGCAACAGGUGGCCGCGCAGCUGUCUGUCGAGACUGCAUCAGCCACAGGUGUUCUCGCGAUUAGGCACUCCGCUAACAUGCUGAAGCAGGCUGCCGUCGCCUUCAUAAAGGCCCACUUGCUCAGUGUGAUGGCGACGCAGGGCUGGGAUGAGGCUGUAGUCAACGACCCACAAACUUUUAUGGAGUUGGUUCACCUGAUUGCAGAGACACUGACAAACACCAGCACGCCAGGCGCUGGAGAGAGCAGGACCGGCCCCCCCUCGCAGCCACACAGUGGCCACAGCGACGACGGCCGGAGCCCAGCCACAGCUGUGCCCCCCACCACUCCCCAGGCCACUCCACAGCCUGACGACGCUGCCGUCUAUCACCAGCGAAAUGUAUCUGGAGACAUGAAGGGCGAGAUGCUGAUUGCGGCAGCUAAGGAGGGGUCAGUGAGCAAAGUGCGAACGUUGAUGGCAGUGGGGGCGGACGUGGAGGCGAAGGACGAGAACAAGCGGACAGCACUGCACUGGGCAUCAGCCAUGGGGCAUGGGGAGGUGGCGGCCCAUCUGUUGGAGGUAGAGCAGGCGUUAACGCCAGGGACCGCUGGCAGAACACGCCUCUCCAUCUGGCUGCAUGGAAAGGCCAUGCAGCUGUGGUGCGGCUGCUGGCAGCUUCCUCUGCCGACCACAACGCCAGGGAUCAAAGUGGAAGCACGCCACUGCACGAUGCAGCACGGCGUGGCCGCACAGAGGCGGCGGCUGCACUGUUAGAGGCAGGGGCCGACAGGGAAGACAGGAAUUAUGGUGGGGACACGCCGCUGGACCUAGCCGAGCGGAACAACCACCAGUCGCUCAUAGACAUCCUAAGAUCAAGCUGAGUGUAAUGCAGACGACUACGGAGUAAAAUAAAUAAAGCUUUCUGUGUAACCUCUGCUACUUUUAAAAUAAACAAUUCAGAAAAGUUAA